CACUUCAGGAGACUCAAAGAAACAAAAAGUUUGAUUGAUUUUUAUAAACAAUUUUGUACCUUGACAUAAAGAAUUAAAAAUCUACUAAUUUCUAUUUGAGAGACUCUCGACUGCCUAGAUAUUAGGAUAGAUUAACAAUCAUGGCCCGCCAAUUAAAUCCAACAUAUCAAAAGAUCUCAGAAAAACUGAUAAUUUUAAACGACAGAGGCACAGGAAUCUUAACUCGCAUUUAUAAUAUUAAAAAAGCUUGUGGAGAUGUCAAAUCGAAGCCAGGAUUUCUCUCCGACAAGGCGCUUGAAUCGUCUAUUAAAUUAAUUGUUAAGCGCUUUCCAAAUAUUGACACGAAGGGACUUACAGCUGUUACCAACAUCAAAGUGGACAUUAUAAAAUCGCUGUCACUUUAUUAUUAUACAUUUGUCGAUCUACUCGAUUUCAAAGACAAUGUUUGUGAAAUGUUAACUACAAUGGAUGCACUACAAAUGUAUCUCGAUAUCAGUGUCAAUCACGAAUUAACCAAAAAUUAUUUAGAGCUUGUCACAACUUAUGUGUCGUUAAUGAUUUUGCUUUCACGCGUUGAAGAUCGCAAAGCAGUUUUAGGUUUAUUUAACGCAGCAUUUGAAAUGCAGAACAAUGGAAGUGAUGAAAACUUCCCAAGAUUGGGUCAACUUAUUGUCGACUAUGAACAUCCAAUGCGAAAGCUUUCGGAAGAAUUUAUUCCACACCAAAAAUUGUUAUCAAGUGCAAUCAAGUCACUCGUUCAAAUUCAUCCCAUGCGUAAUGUGCCAGCAGAGAAAUGGCGUGAAAUGCAAAUUUUAACACUUGUUGGAAAUCAAGCUGCAUUAUUGAAACCAUCAAAAUCAGAUACAAUGUCUUGUGAGUACAUUUCGCUAGAAACAUUAGACCGUUGGAUAAUAUUUGGAUUAAUGUUAAACCAUCAAAUGCUUGGACAGUCGACUCAAGUUACAAAUAUGUGGAUUUCAUCUCUUGAAUCUUCAUGGGUGAUUGCUUUGUACAGAGAUGAAGUUAUUUACAUUCAUCAAUUUAUUCAGAAUGCUUUCGAAGGAUUAAAAGGUUUCAGUAAAAGAAUAUCAGAAGUUAAAGAUUGCUACAAUCAUUCAAUGCAAAAGGCGUCGUUAAUGCAUCGUGAACGAAGAAAGUUUCUUAGAACUGCUCUCAAAGAGUUGACAUUAAUUCUAACCGAUCAACCAGGCUUACUUGGCCCAAAAGUUCUUCUCGUUUUGAACGGUUUAUGCUAUGCUCGGGAUGAAAUAUUGUGGUUGCUUCGUCACAAUGAUAAUCCACCAAUCAGCUCGAAAGUCAAAGGAAAAUCAACAGAAGAUCUCAUCGAUCGUCAACUUCCUGAACUCUUAUUUCACAUGGAAGAACUUCGAGGAUUAGUUCGAAAGUAUAGUCAAGUGAUUCAAAGAUAUUACGUGCAAUAUCUUUCUGGAUACGAUGCUGUUGAAUUGAGCAUAAAAGUUCAACAUCUUCAAGUUUGUCCACAAGAAGAAAGUAUCAUAAUUUCUUCACUUUAUCAAACUAUAACAUCUCUGACUGUCAAGCAAGUUGAAAUGGGAGAAACUUUUGACUUUCGAGCUUUUCGUCUUGAUUGGUUCCGAUUACAAACCUUCAUGAGUGUUCCAAAAGCUGCUAUAAAACUUACUGAUCAUGUUGACUUGGCUCGUCUUUUCGACUCGAUGAGUUUUCACACACGAAUGAUUGAUAAUCUCGACGAAACACUCGUCGAAACUUCAGAUUUGUCACUCUUCUGCUUCUAUAGUAAAAUGUUGGAAGAUCAAUUUCACAUGUGUCUUGAAUUUCCAGCUCAGAAUCGUUACAUCAUCGCAUUUCCAUUAAUUUGCAGUCACUUUCAAAAUUGCACUCAUGAAAUGUGCCCAGAAGAGCGUCAUCAUAUACUUGAACGUUCGAUAUCAGUUGUUAACAUGUUUCUUGAUGAAAUGGCUAAAGAAGCUAAAAAUAUUAUAACGACAAUUUGCGACGAACAAUGCAUGAUGGCUGAUGCUUUACUACCAAAACAUUGUGCAAAAAUUUUAUCAGUUUCAACACAACGAAAAAAGAAAGAUAAAUUGAAGAAGCUUUCAGAUGAUGUUCGAAAACCUGGCGAUGAAAGUUUUCGAAAAACUCGAGAAGAACUCACAACAAUGGAUAAAUUACAUAUGGCAUUAACUGAAUUAUGUUUUGCAAUUAAUUAUUGUCCAACAGUUAAUGUUUGGGAUUAUGCUUUUGCACCACGUGAAUAUUUAUGUCAACAUUUAGAGACGCGCUUCUCACGAGCACUCGUAGGGAUGGUCAUGUACAAUGCAGAAACUAUGGAAAUUGCGAAGCCAUCGGAACUUCUCGCAUCAGUUCGCGCAUAUAUGAACGUGUUACAAACUGUUGAGCAUUAUGUCAAUAUUGAUAUGACAAGAAUCUUCAACAAUUGUCUUUUACAACAAACUCAAUCGAUUGACAGUCAAGGUGAGAAGACCAUUGCAGCUCAUUACAACUCUUGGUAUUCUGAUGUGUUGUUGAGGAAAGUGAGUGGAGGAAACAUUGUCUUCAGUAUGAAUCAACGAGCUUUCAUAUCUCUAACGCCUGAAGGUUUCAUUCCUUUCAAUCCCGAAGAGUUUUCUGACUUUAACGAACUCCGUUCAUUGGCUGAAUUAAUUGGGCCGUAUGGCAUACGGUUGAUCAAUGAACAGCUCAUGUGUCACAUCGCAAGUCAAGUGCAGGAAUUGAAACGAAUGGUUGGAAUGAACAAAGAAACUUUAAUCAUUUUGAGGAGUAAUUUUGAUAAACCAGAAGUUAUGAAAGAACAUUUCAAGAAACUUCAACAUGUUGACAAUGUCCUUCAAAGGAUGACAAUAAUUGGCGUCAUAUUAAGCUUUCGUCAACUGCUACAAGAAGCUCUUUUAGAUGUUCUUGAACAAAGAAUUCCAUUUCUUGUAAGUUCCAUGAAAGACUUUCAAAAGAACACCCCAGAUGGUUAUCCAGAAAUGUCAUCUGCUGCUGGAUUAACAUGUAAAGUUGAUCCGACACUGUUGAAAGCAUUGCGAGCUCAACAGUCAGAUGCUGAUAGUAGCGAGCAUUUAAGUGUUUUGCUUCUGAUGGUUUUUGUUGCUGUUUCUAUUCCAAAGUUAGCUAAAGAUGAUGAAUCUUUCUAUCGUGCUACUUACGAAGCUCACACAAACAACACUCAUUGCCUUGCUUUAGCCGUUAAUAGCGUCAUUGGAGCGUUGUUUACGAUUUGCGGACAAAAUGAUUUGGAAGAUCGAAUGGCAGAGUUUUUGGCAUUAGCAAGUUCGUCUCUGUUGCGUCUUGGACAAGAAACUGAAAAAGAUAAUGUCAAAAAUCGUGAAUCAAUUUAUUUGUUGCUUCAUCAAAUCGUGCAAGAAUCGCCAUUUCUGACAAUGGAUCUUCUUGAAUCUUGCUUCCCUUAUGCCCUUAUCCGCAAUGCAUUUCAUGCUGUUUAUAAACAAGAACAGUCAGGAAUAUAAAUGGAAAAGCUUUUGAAACUGCACGGGGAGAAGAAAUCUCAUUUUUCAGUAACAAAGUUUGAUAUUUAAGUUUGCUUAUUAUUAAACCAUAUAUGUAUGUAGGUGUAAAUUUUCCACCACAAAAAUCUCAGUUUUUACAUAAGAAUUAUUAGAUUAAAUUACAAAUCAAAGGAAAUGUCAAAGAAAUAAAUUUAUGUUGCUGCUUCUUGCUGCUUUUAAAACAAUUUUUUUUAUUCAUACAUUUGUCUUGUCUAUCAUCUCAUCGGAAUCUAAUCCUAUAAAUCUCUUUUCACUGCUUAUUAAGUUGGAUGAAUCAAAACUUUUAACAAAAAUAUUCUUUUUCGCAAUUUUCGAUAACUAUUGAAAAAUAAGUAAAAGAGUUUUUUUAUCCAAAAACAUACAAAAACAUGUGACG